CCGGCUGCAGCAUCACCUGCAGUAGCGGGGGAGCCGCCGAGGAGCUCCUCCCCCGCUGCCCCUGUUAAUCACAGCUCCCCCUCCACGCGCUCGCGCGGAAGGGAACUGAGGCUGAGCUGCCCAUCUGCUGCAGAGAGAAAAGCGGCGCCCGGUCGUCAGAAGCGGCGCCGGCUGGGCUCCGGGCGGUCCCGUCUCACUUUCCUUCCCCCCCCUCUCCAGCACCAGCUCGGCGUGGGAGCCUCUUCUUGCUCAGUUGGCAGCCCUUCUCCCUCCUUCCCCCGCGGCAGUGCCGCCGCCUCCUGCUACUGCCGUCGCACCACCUGCCGACCCCGGGCAACGGAGGCAGCGGCGCCCGGAAGGCGAGCGAGCGAGAGCGGCGGCGGCGGCGGAGCGCUAUGGCUGAAGCGGGCGAAGGCGAGGACGAAAUCCAGUUCCUGCGAACUGAUGAUGAAGUGGUUCUGCAGUGCACUGCUACUGCUCACAAAGAACAACAGAAAUUGUGCCUUGCCGCAGAAGGAUUUGGCAACAGGCUCUGCUUCUUGGAAUCCACUUCAAAUUCUAAGAAUGUUCCUCCGGAUCUCUCCAUUUGCACUUUUGUGCUGGAACAGUCCUUGUCCGUGCGAGCCCUUCAGGAAAUGCUGGCCAACACUGAGGAGAAAGCAGAAGGGCUAGUUGAUGUGGAAAAAUGGAAAUUUAUGAUGAAGACUGCUCAAGGUGGUGGCCAUCGAACGCUCCUCUAUGGACAUGCAAUAUUGCUGCGCCAUUCAUACAGUGGUAUGUACCUGUGUUGUCUCUCCACCUCAAGAACAUCAAUGGACAAACUGGCAUUUGAUGUAGGCUUGCAAGAAGAUACCACAGGUGAGGCAUGUUGGUGGACAAUACACCCUGCUUCCAAACAGCGUUCUGAAGGAGAGAAAGUACGUGUUGGGGAUGAUCUCAUCCUAGUUAGUGUCUCAUCAGAAAGGUACUUGCAUUUGUCUUAUGGGAAUGGCAGCUUGCGAGUUGAUGCAGCCUUCCAGCAAACACUGUGGAGUGUAGCCCCCAUCAGUUCAGGAAGUGAAGCAGCUCAAGGUUACCUGAUAGGAGGUGAUGUACUGCGGUUGUUACAUGGUCACAUGGAUGAAUGUUUGACUGUCCCUUCAGGAGAGCAUGGAGAAGAGCAAAGAAGAACAGUCCAUUAUGAGGGUGGAGCCGUGUCGAUUCAUGCUCGUUCUCUUUGGCGAUUGGAGACUUUGAGGGUUGCAUGGAGUGGAAGCCACAUUAGAUGGGGCCAGCCGUUCCGAUUAAGGCAUAUAACAACAGGGAAGUAUUUGAGCCUGAUGGAUGACAAGAGCCUUCUUCUAACAGACAAAGAGAAAGCUGAUGUGAAAUCUACAGCCUUUUGUUUUCGGUCUUCCAAGGAAAAAUUGGAUGUGGGUAUAAGAAAAGACGUGGAAGGAAUGGGAGCACCUGAGAUAAAGUACGGAGACUCAGUCUGCUUCAUACAGCACGUUGACACUGGAUUGUGGCUCACGUACCAGUCAGUGGAUGCGAAGUCUGUAAGAAUGGGGUCUGUGCAACGCAAGGCUAUCAUGCACCAUGAAGGCCAUAUGGAUGAUGGCCUAACAUUGUCCAGAUCUCAGCAUGAAGAGUCACGUACUGCACGAGUAAUUCGUAGUACCGUCUUCCUUUUCAACAGGUUCAUAAGGGGCCUUGAUGAUCUCAGCAAGAAAGCAAAGUCUUCCACAGUUGACUUACCCAUUGAGUCAGUCAGCCUUAGCCUCCAGGACUUGAUUGGAUACUUCCAUCCACCUGAUGAGCAUCUAGAGCACGAAGACAAGCAGAACCGCUUAAGAGCACUGAAGAAUCGGCAGAAUCUCUUCCAGGAAGAGGGUAUGAUCAACUUGGUGCUUGAAUGCAUUGAUCGCUUACAUGUAUACAGCAGUGCAGCUCAUUUUGCUGAUGUAGCUGGGAAGGAGGCGGGAGAGACUUGGAAAUCUAUCCUAAACUCAUUGUAUGAAUUACUAGCUGCUUUGAUUAGAGGGAAUCGUAAAAAUUGUGCCCAGUUUUCUGGCUCUCUUGAUUGGCUCAUUAGUAGAUUGGAAAGACUGGAAGCAUCUUCUGGCAUUCUUGAGGUUUUGCACUGUGUGUUGGUAGAAAGUCCAGAAGCUUUAAAUAUUAUUAAAGAAGGACAUAUUAAAUCAAUUAUAUGCCUUUUGGACAAACAUGGAAGAAACCAUAAGGUGUUAGAUGUUUUGUGCUCUCUCUGUGUGUGCCAUGGAGUAGCUGUGCGGUCUAAUCAGCAUUUGAUUUGUGACAAUCUUCUGCCAGGGCGAGAUCUCCUUCUCCAGACACGUCUUGUCAACCAUGUGAGCAGUAUGAGACCCAAUAUUUUCCUUGGAAUCAGCGAGGGCUCUGCUCAGUAUAGAAAAUGGUAUUAUGAGCUAAUGGUUGACCAUGUGGGACCGUUUACGACAGCCGAAGCUACUCACCUUCGUGUGGGCUGGGCUUCAACAGAAGGCUAUUCACCAUACCCUGUGGGAGGAGAAGAAUGGGGAGGAAAUGGUGUUGGUGAUGACCUAUAUUCCUAUAGUUUUGAUGGACUUCAUCUGUGGUCAGGUUGUGUAGCAAGAUCUGUGAAUUCUCCCAACCAGCAUCUGUUAAGGACUGAUGAUGUAAUCAGCUGCUGCCUUGAUCUGAGUGCUCCCAGCAUUUCAUUCCGGAUAAAUGGACAGCCAGUCCAGGGGAUGUUUGAGAAUUUCAAUACAGAUGGCCUUUUCUUUCCAGUUGUCAGCUUCUCUGCAGGGAUAAAGGUACGUUUUUUGCUUGGAGGCCGCCAUGGGGAAUUUAAAUUCCUUCCACCUCCAGGAUAUGCUCCUUGUUUUGAAGCUAUUCUGCCAAAAGAGAAAUUGAAAGUGGAACACAGCAGAGAAUACAAACAGGAUCGGAAUUCCACAAGAGACCUUCUGGGCCCAAAUAUAUCUCUAUCCCAAGCAGCUUUCACUCCAGUACCUGUAGAUACCAGUCAGAUUGUAUUACCUCCACAUCUGGAAAGAAUUAGGGAAAAACUAGCUGAGAAUAUCCAUGAACUUUGGGUUAUGAAUAAAAUUGAACUUGGAUGGCAGUAUGGUCCUGUUAGAGAUGACAACAAGCGACAGCAUCCAUGUUUGGUGGAGUUUGCAAAACUGCCAGAACAAGAGCGAAAUUAUAAUCUCCAAAUGUCACUAGAAACACUAAAAACACUGCUGGCGCUAGGUUGUCAUGUUGGGAUUGCUGAUGAGCAUGCUGAGGAAAAAGUGAAGCAACUAAAACUUCCAAAGAAUUAUCUAUUGUCUAGUGGAUACAAGCCUGCUCCUAUGGAUCUGAGUUGUAUCAAACUGACCCCUUCUCAGGAAGCUAUGGUUGAUAAACUUGCAGAGAAUGCUCACAAUGUAUGGGCAAGGGAUCGUAUCAGGCAGGGUUGGACAUAUGGAAUUCAGCAGGAUGUGAAGAACCGUCGAAACCCUCGACUUGUUCCCUAUGCCCUUCUUGAUGAUCGCACCAAGAAAUCAAACAAAGACAGUCUCCGGGAAGCAGUUCGUACCCUCAUUGGCUAUGGUUAUAACCUUGAGGCUCCUGAUCAAGACCAUGCUGCAAGACCAGAUGUAUUCUGUGGUAUGAUGGAAAGGUUUAGGAUCUUCCGAACAGAGAAGACAUAUGCAGUGAAAACAGGAAAGUGGUAUUUUGAGUUUGAAGUAGUGACCGCAGAAGACAUGAGGGUUGGUUGGGCCAAGCCAGGUUGUCAACCAGAUCAAGAGCUUGGAUCAGAUGAACAAGCAUUUGUUUUUGAUGGAUUCAAGGCUCAACGGUGGCAUCAGGGAAAUGAGCAUUUUGGCCGUUCUUGGCUGACAGGGGAUAUUGUAGGCUGUAUGGUUGACUUGAAUGAGCGCACCAUGAUGUUCACUCUGAAUGGAGAAAUCCUUCUUGAUGACUCGGGUUCCGAGCUAGCAUUCAAGGACUUUGAGGUUGGUGAUGGCUUUAUACCUGCAUGUAGCCUGGGAUUAUCACAAGUGGGCAGAAUGAACUUUGGCAAAGAAGUGAGCACCUUGAAAUAUUUCACUAUUUGUGGUUUGCAAGAAGGCUACGAACCAUUUGCGGUGAAUACAAACAGGGACAUCACCAUAUGGCUGAGCAAGAGACUACCUCAGUUUCUCCCAGUACCACCAAAUCAUGAACAUAUUGAGGUUACAAGAAUAGAUGGUACUGCGGACAGCUCCCCAUGCUUGAAGGUCACACAGAAGUCCUUUGGGUCUCAGAAUAGUAAAACAGAAAUCAUGUUCUAUCGGCUCAGCAUGCCUAUUGAAUGUGCAGAAGUAUUCUCUAAAAUGCCUGGAGGAGGAGUGCCCAGUUCCAGCCGCCUUGGACCAAAGAAUGACUUGGAUGAUUAUGAUGCAGAUUCUGACUUUGAAGUUCUUAUGAAGACUGCUCAUGGUCACCUCGUACCUGAUCGUAUAGAAAAAGAAGCUGUAAAAUCAGAGUUCAAUAAUCAUAAAGACUACACACAAGAGAAGCCUUCACGCCUCAAGCAAAGAUUUAUGCUGAGAAGGACGAAGCCAGACUACAGCUCAAGCCACUCUGCAAGGCUCACUGAAGAUGUCCUAGCUGAUGAAAGAGAUGAUUAUGAUUACUUAAUGCAAACAUCUACAUAUUAUUAUUCUGUGCGUAUCUUUCCUGGACAAGAACCUGCUAAUGUCUGGGUGGGCUGGAUUACAUCUGACUUCCAUCAGUAUGACACAAGCUUUGAUUUGGAUAGAGUCCGUACUGUUACCGUAACCCUAGGAGAUGAAAAAGGGAAAGUUCAUGAGAGCAUCAAACGCAGCAACUGCUAUAUGGUAUGCGCUGGUGAGAGCAUGAGUCCCGGGCAAGGGCGCAAUAACAAUGGGCUUGAGAUUGGCUGUUCGGUUGAUGCUGCAACUGGUGUCCUGUCCUUCACAGCUAAUGGCAAAGAGCUAAGCACCUAUUAUCAGGUUGAACCAAGCACUAAAUUAUUCCCUGCAGUAUUUGCACAAGCCACAAGCCCCAAUGUUUUCCAAUUUGAAUUGGGAAGAAUAAAGAAUGUAAUGCCAUUGUCGGCUGGCCUGUUCAAAAGUGAGCACAAAAACCCAGUCCCCCAGUGCCCUCCCCGUCUGCAUGUUCAGUUUCUGACACAUGUGCUUUGGAGUAGAGUACCAAACCACUUUCUGAAAGUUGACAUAUCACGGAUCAGUGAACGUCAAGGCUGGUCAGUACAGUGCCUGGAGCCUUUGCAGUUCAUGUCACUUCACAUCCCAGAGGAAAACAGGUCUAUAGACAUUUUAGAAUUGUCAGAACAAGAAGAAUUGUUGAAAUUCCACUACCAUACUCUCAGACUGUACUCAGCUGUUUGUGCUCUUGGGAAUAAUCGAGUAGCGCAUGCCAUGUGCAGCCAUGUGGAUGAGUCUCAGCUUCUUUAUGCAAUUGAGAACAAGUAUAUGCCGGGCUUGUUACGUGCCGGCUAUUAUGACCUUCUAAUUGACAUUCACCUUAAUACUUACGCUACUGCAAGGCUGAUGAUGAACAAUGAAUUUAUUGUUCCCAUGACAGAUGAGACUAAGAGCAUUACUCUGUUCCCUGAUGAAAACAAAAAGCAUGGCCUACCUGGCAUAGGACUCAGCACUUCCCUACGGCCCAGAAUGCAGUUUUCCUCUCCCAGUUUUGUAAGAAUCAACAAUGAGUGUUAUCAGUACAGUCCUGAAUUUCCUCUGGAAAUAUUGAAGACUAAAACCAUAGAGAUGCUGACGGAGGCAGUUCAAGAGGGCAGCCUCCAUGUCAGAGAUCCAGUAGGUGGGACUACAGAGUUUCUCUUUGUUCCUUUGAUCAAGCUUUUUUACACUCUUCUCAUAAUGGGGAUCUUCCAUAAUGGAGACCUGAAGCAUAUAUUGCAGCUGAUUGAACCUAGUGUUUUUAAGGAAGACUCAGUCUAUGAGGACGAGACUCGAGUAAUAGCAAAAAAAGAAUUAAUUGCAGAUGGACUAAAUUUGGAGACAGGAGGAGAGAAGGUCCCAGAAGAAGGACUCCUUCAAAUGAAACUUCCUGAGCCAGUGAAAUUGCAGAUGUGUCAUUUACUUCAGUACCUUUGUGACUGUCAGAUACGCCAUCGGAUAGAAGCCAUUGUAGCAUUUUCAGAUGAUUUUGUAUUAAAACUUCAAGAGAAUCAGCGUUUCCGAUACAAUGAGGUUAUGCAGGCAUUAAAUAUGUCUGCAGCACUGACAGCCAAGAAAACAAAGGAGUUUCGGUCUCCACCACAGGAACAGAUUAAUAUGCUGCUGAAUUUUAAGGAUGAUAAAAAUGAUUGCCCUUGUCCUGAAGAAAUAAGGGAUCACCUUUUGGAUUUUCAUGAAGAUUUGAUGGCACACUGUGGAAUUCAGUUAGAUGAAGAUGGAUUUCUGGAUGGAAAUAGUGAUUUAACUCUUAAAGGUCGCCUGCUAUAUCUUGUGGAAAGAGUCACACACUUGAAAAAGAAACAAGCUGAGAAGCCCAUUGAUGAUGAUGCUAAAAAGCCAUCAACUCUCCAACAGCUGAUCUCGGAGACCAUGGUACGAUGGGCUCAAGAAUCAGUCAUAGAAGACCCAGAGUUGGUGAGGGCCAUGUUCGUUUUGCUACAUCGCCAAUAUGAUGGAGUUGGUGGCCUGGUUCGAGCCUUGCCAAAGACAUACACUAUAAAUGGCGUAUCAGUGGAAGAUACAAUCAGCUUACUUGCUUCUCUUGGUCAGAUCCGGUCUCUCCUCAGUGUCAGAAUGGGCAAGGAAGAAGAGAAGCUUAUGAUUCGUGGAUUAGGAGAUAUAAUGAACAAUAAAGUUUUUUACCAACAUCCUAAUCUUAUGAGAGCAUUAGGUAUGCAUGAGACUGUGAUGGAGGUAAUGGUGAACGUACUUGGAGGAGGAGAGUCAAAGGAAAUCACCUUUCCUAAGAUGGUGGCAAAUUGCUGUCGUUUUCUAUGUUAUUUUUGCCGCAUCAGCAGGCAGAAUCAAAAGGCUAUGUUUGAUCAUCUUAGCUAUCUUUUGGAAAACAGCAGUGUUGGGCUUGCAUCCCCUUCUAUGCGUGGAUCAACUCCUUUGGAUGUUGCAGCAGCAUCUGUAAUGGAUAAUAAUGAGCUUGCGCUAGCUUUGCGGGAACCUGAUCUAGAAAAGGUAGUCCGCUACUUGGCUGGAUGUGGUUUGCAAAGCUGCUCAUUGCUGAUUUCUAAAGGUUACCCAGAUAUUGGAUGGAACCCAGUGGAAGGAGAACGAUACUUGGAUUUUCUUCGUUUUGCUGUUUUUUGCAAUGGAGAGAGCGUUGAAGAGAAUGCCAAUGUGGUGGUAAGACUGCUCAUUCGACGUCCUGAAUGUUUUGGACCAGCACUGAGAGGAGAAGGUGGAAAUGGCCUGCUUGCUGCCAUGGAGGAAGCCAUAAAAAUAUCAGAAGACCCCACAAGAGAUGGACCUUCACCAAGUAGUGGAUCCAAUAAAACACUAAGUGAGGUGGAAGAAGAAGAUGAUACCAUUCACAUGGGAAAUGCCAUCAUGACCUUUUAUGCUGCUUUGAUUGAUCUCCUAGGACGCUGUGCUCCAGAAAUGCAUCUAAUCCAUGCUGGCAAAGGGGAAGCAAUUAGAAUACGAUCCAUUCUGCGGUCUUUGAUUCCUUUGGAAGAUUUGGUGGGUGUGAUUAGUAUUCCUUUCCACAUGCCAACAAUAUCAAAAGAUGGUACUGUGGUGGAACCUGAUAUGUCAGAGGGGUUUUGCCCAGACCACAAGGCAGCCAUGGUAUUGUUCCUUGACAGGGUCUAUGGGAUUGAAGACCAGGAUUUUCUUCUACACCUUCUUGAAGUUGGCUUUCUGCCAGAUCUUCGUGCUGCUGCUUCAUUAGAUACGGUUGCUCUGAGUGCUACAGAUAUGGCCCUGGCUCUCAAUCGGUACCUCUGCACUGCUGUUUUGCCUUUAUUAACUAGAUGUGCUCCUCUUUUUGCUGGCACAGAACACCAUGCUUCCCUUAUAGAUUCCUUGCUACAUACUGUGUACCGACUUUCCAAGGGCUGCUCUCUUACCAAAGCUCAACGGGACUCUAUUGAAGAGUGCCUACUCUCCAUAUGUGGUCAGCUGAGGCCUUCAAUGAUGCAACAUUUGUUGAGAAGAUUAGUGUUUGAUAUUCCACUGCUAAAUGAGCAUGCAAAGAUGCCUCUUAAGUUGCUGACAAAUCAUUAUGAAAGAUGUUGGAAGUAUUACUGUUUACCAGGAGGAUGGGGCAACUUUGGUGCUGCUUCAGAAGAAGAACUUCAUUUGUCCAGGAAGUUGUUCUGGGGUAUUUUUGAUGCCUUAUCUCAAAAGAAAUAUGAACAGGAACUAUUCAAACUGGCCUUGCCGUGCCUGAGUGCAGUGGCUGGGGCUUUGCCUCCUGAUUACAUGGAAUCAAACUAUGUGGGUGUGAUGGAAAAGCAAGCGUCCAUGGAUUCAGAUGGGAACUUUAAUCCACAACCUGUUGAUACUUCAAACAUUACAAUUCCUGAAAAGCUAGACUACUUUAUUAACAAAUAUGCAGAACAUUCCCAUGAUAAAUGGUGCAUGGAAAAGUUUGCAAAUGGGUGGAUAUAUGGUGAAACAUACUCAGAAUCUUCCAAAGUGCAGCCAUUAAUGAAACAAUAUAAACUGUUAGCAGAAAAGGAGAAAGAAAUUUACAGAUGGCCAAUCAAGGAGUCCUUGAAAACCAUGCUUGCUUGGGGAUGGCGGGUUGAGAGAACGAGGGAAGGAGAUACUAUGGCUCUUUAUAACAGGCCACGCCGAAUAUCACAGACAAGUCAGGUUUCUGUAGAUACUGUCCAUGGUUAUAGCCCUCGUGCAAUUGACAUGAGUAAUGUUACCCUCUCCAGAGAACUGCAUGCUAUGGCUGAAAUGAUGGCUGAAAACUAUCACAAUAUAUGGGCAAAGAAAAAGAAGAUAGAGCUUGAAGCAAAAGUGGGAGGAGGAAACCAUCCCUUACUUGUUCCAUAUGAUACACUGACAGCCAAAGAAAAGGCCAAGGACAGAGAGAAAGCACAAGAUAUCCUGAAGUUCCUACAGAUCAAUGGAUAUGUCGUCUCAAGAGGUCUAAAGGAUCUAGAAUUAGACACGCCUUCCAUCGAGAAACGAUUUGCUUACAGUUUUCUUCAGCAGCUGAUAAGAUACGUGGAUGAAGCCCAUCAGUAUAUUCUGGAGUUUGAUGGUGGCAGCAGAGGCAAAGGAGAACAAUUUCCUUAUGAACAAGAAAUCAAGUUCUUUGCUAAAGUUGUACUUCCUUUAAUCGACCAGUAUUUUAAGAACCAUCGCCUGUAUUUCCUAUCUGCUGCAAGUAGGCCUCUUAGCAGCGGGGGGCAUGCCUCAAAUAAGGAGAAAGAAAUGGUGACAAGCCUAUUCUGCAAACUUGGAGUUCUUGUCAGGCAUAGGAUUUCACUGUUUGGAAAUGAUGCAACUUCAAUAGUCAAUUGUCUGCAUAUCUUGGGACAGACCUUGGAUGCAAGGACAGUGAUGAAGACAGGAUUGGAGUCUGUUAAGAUGGCUUUGAGGACAUUUUUGGAUAAUGCUGCAGAGGACCUGGAGAAGACAAUGGAGAAUCUUAAGCAAGGGCAGUUUACGCACACUAGGACUCAGCCAAAAGGAGUGACACAAAUAAUUAACUAUACCACUAUGGCUCUUCUGCCAGUGCUAUCUUCAUUAUUUGAACACAUUGGACAGCAUCAAUUUGGAGAAGAUUUAAUACUGGAAGAUGUUCAAGUCUCCUGUUACAGAAUAUUGGCCAGCUUGUAUGCUCUGGGGACAAGCAAGAGUAUCUAUGUGGAGCGGCAGCGCUCAGCUUUAGGCGAAUGCCUAGCUGCUUUUGCUGGUGCUUUUCCUGUGGCAUUCUUAGAAACUCAUCUGAACCAUCACAACACACAUUCUAUUUACAACACCAAGACUACAAGAGAUAGAACAGGUCUUAGCUUACCAAACAGUGUAGAAGAACUUUCUCCAAACAUUCCUUCUCUGGAGAAGCUAAUGGAAGAAAUUGUGGAAUUAGCUGAAUCUGGCAUUCGCUACACACAAAUGCCUCAUGUAAUGGAAGUUGUACUGCCUAUGCUCUGUAGCUACAUGUCACACUGGUGGGAGCAUGGACCAGAAAGCAACCCUGACAAUAGUGAAAUGUGCUGCACAGCUUUGACUUCAGAGCAUAUGAAUACCCUUCUAGGAAAUAUACUGAAAAUCAUACAUAAUAAUUUGGGAAUAGAUGAGGGAGCCUGGAUGAAGAAAUUAGCAGUGUUUUCUCAGCCUAUCAUAAGCAAAGUGAAGCCUCAGCUCCUGAAAACGCAUUUUCUGCCACUGAUGGAGAAACUGAAGAAAAAAGCUGCAAUGGUUAUAUCCGAUGAAGAACAUUUAAGAGCAGAAGGCCGAGGAGAUAUGUCGGAGGCAGAACUCCUCAUCCUAGAUGAGUUCACAAUAUUGGCACGGGACCUUUACGCCUUCUACCCAUUGUUGAUAAGAUUUGUGGACUACAACAGAGCAAAGUGGCUGAAAGAACCUAAUCCAGAGGCAGAGGACCUGUUUCGUAUGGUUGCUGAUGUAUUCAUUUACUGGUCAAAAUCCCAUAAUUUUAAAAGGGAAGAACAAAAUUUCGUUGUGCAGAAUGAAAUCAACAACAUGUCUUUCCUUAUUACCGAUACAAAGUCCAAGAUGUCAAAGGCAGCUGUUUCUGAUCAGGAAAGGAAAAAAAUGAAGCGGAAAGGUGAUCGUUAUUCAACACAGACUUCCCUUAUUGUGGCAGCUUUAAAAAGACUUCUGCCUGUUGGGCUAAAUAUUUGUGCCCCUGGUGACCAAGAACUAAUUGCACUGGCAAAAAACAGAUUAAGUAUGAAAGACACAGAAGAUGAAGUUCGAGAUAUUAUACGUAAUAACCUUCACUUACAGGGCAAGCUUGAAGAUCCCGCCAUUAGGUGGCAGGUUGCUCUUUACAAAGAUCUACCAAACAGGACUGAAGUUACUUCAGAUCCAGAGAAGACGGUGGAAAGGGUCCUGGAUAUAGCUAGUGUACUUUUUCAUCUGGAACAGAAAUUCCCUAGUCGGGGCAGAAAAUUUUUCAAAAGGGUUGAGCAUCCUCAGAGAUCAAAAAAAGCAGUAUGGCAUAAACUUCUAUCUAAACAGAGAAAAAGAGCGGUGGUGGCUUGCUUCAGAAUGGCACCACUAUAUAAUCUUCCACGGCAUCGAGCUGUCAAUCUCUUUCUUCAAGGAUAUGACAAGUCGUGGGUGGAAACAGAAGACCACUACUUUGAAGACACACUGAUAGAAGAUUUAGCAAAACCUGGAGAAGAACCACCAGAAGAAGAUGAAUGUAUUAAGAGAGUUGAUCCUUUGCACCAGCUUAUUUUACUGUUCAGUCGAACAGCAUUAACUGAAAAAUGUAAACUGGAAGAGGAUUAUCUUUAUAUGGCGUAUGCUGAUAUAAUGGCAAAGAGCUGCCAUGAAGAAGAUGAUGAUAAUGAAGAGGAAGUCAAGAGUUUUGAAGAAAAAGAAAUGGAAAAGCAAAAGCUCCUGUACCAGCAAGCAAGACUGCAUGAUCGAGGAGCUGCUGAAAUGGUCCUUCAGACAAUUAGUGCCAGUAAAGGUGAGAUGGGUCCAAUGGUUGCAGCCACCCUAAAACUUGGGAUUGCCAUCUUGAAUGGAGGAAAUUCUACUGUUCAGCAGAAAAUGCUUGACUACCUCAAGGACAAAAAGGAUGUAGGCUUCUUUCAGAGCCUUGCUGGUCUUAUGCAGUCUUGUAGUGUUCUUGACCUAAAUGCUUUUGAACGCCAGAACAAAGCAGAGGGCCUUGGCAUGGUAACAGAAGAAGGAUCAGGAGAAAAGGUGAUGCAAGAUGAUGAAUUUACUUGUGACCUCUUCCGGUUCCUCCAGUUGCUUUGCGAGGGGCACAACUCAGAUUUUCAGAAUUACUUGAGGACUCAGACUGGUAACAAUACAACUGUCAAUAUUAUAAUAUCUACUGUGGAUUAUUUACUGAGAGUUCAGGAAUCAAUUAGUGAUUUCUAUUGGUAUUACUCUGGAAAGGAUGUUAUUGAUGAACAAGGACAACGUAAUUUCUCUAAAGCAAUUCAAGUUGCAAAGCAGGUUUUCAAUACACUUACAGAAUAUAUUCAGGGACCAUGUACGGGUAACCAGCAGAGUCUGGCGCAUAGCAGACUGUGGGAUGCUGUUGUUGGUUUUCUUCAUGUAUUUGCCCAUAUGCAGAUGAAGCUUUCUCAGGAUUCUAGCCAAAUUGAAUUACUGAAAGAAUUAAUGGAUCUUCAGAAGGAUAUGGUGGUCAUGUUGUUAUCUAUGUUAGAAGGUAAUGUUGUGAAUGGCACAAUUGGCAAGCAGAUGGUUGACAUGCUAGUGGAAUCCUCCAACAAUGUAGAAAUGAUUUUAAAGUUUUUUGAUAUGUUCCUAAAACUGAAGGAUUUAACUUUCUCUGAUGCAUUCAAAGAAUAUGAUCCUGACGGAAAGGGUAUCAUUUCAAAAAGAGAUUUCCACAAAGCCAUGGAGAGCCACAAACACUACACUCAAUCUGAAACCGAGUUUUUGCUCUCAUGUGCUGAAACAGAUGAGAAUGAGACUUUGGACUAUGAGGAAUUUGUGAAACGGUUUCAUGAGCCAGCCAAAGACAUUGGCUUCAACGUUGCUGUCCUCCUGACAAACUUGUCAGAGCACAUGCCUCAUGACACUCGGUUGCAGACUUUUCUUGAACUGGCAGAUAGUGUUUUGAACUAUUUCCAGCCCUUCUUAGGGCGUAUAGAGAUAAUGGGUAGCGCAAAGCGCAUUGAACGAGUUUACUUUGAGAUAAGUGAAUCAAGUCGGACACAAUGGGAAAAACCUCAAGUUAAAGAAUCAAAGAGACAGUUUAUAUUUGAUGUAGUAAAUGAAGGAGGGGAAAAGGAAAAAAUGGAGCUUUUUGUUAAUUUUUGUGAGGAUACCAUAUUUGAAAUGCAAUUGGCAGCUCAGAUCUCUGAGUCAGAUUUGAAUGAGAGGUCGGCAAAUAAAGAAGAAAAUGAGAACGAGAAACCUGAGGAACAGGAUCCCAGAAUGGGCUUCUUUUCUCUAGUAACUGUUAAAUCAGCUUUAGUAGCUCUCAGGUAUAACAUAAUGACACUCAUGAAAGUGCUAAGCAUGAAAAGUAUCAAGAAGCAGAUGAAGAAGAUGAAAAAGAUGACCAUGAAAGACAUGGCAAUGGCUUUUUUCUCCUCAUAUUGGAGCAUUUUAAUGGGCUUAAUGCAUUUCAUAUCAAGCGUCUUCCGAGGCUUCUUUCAAAUCAUGUACAGUUUGCUGCUUGGAGGAAGCUUAGUUGAAGGGGCUAAGAAAAUCAAGGUGGCUGAACUCUUAGCCAACAUGCCUGACCCUACUCAAGAUGAGGUGCGUGGUGAAGGGGAAGAAGCGGAAAGAAAGCCAACAGAAGCUCCCCUGCCUGCAGAAGAUCUGACCGAUCUCAAAGCUUUGUCAGAAGACAGUGACCUCCUCUCGGACAUAUUUGGCUUGGAUUUAAAAAGAGAGGGAGGGCAAUAUAAACUAAUCCCACACAAUCCAAAUGCAGGCCUAAGUGAUUUGCUGAGCAGUCCUUCUUUACCCCCCUUACCUGAUGUGCAAGAAAAAAUACAGGACCAGAAGGUGAACGAAGAUGAAAAGGAUGAGAAAGAAGAAACUAAAUUUGUACCUGAAAAAGCAGAAGGAGAAGAUGGAGAAAAGGAAGAGAAAGCAAAAGAAGAUAAAGCAAAGCAGAAACAAAGGCAGCGCCACAAACAUAGGCAUGGUGAACCAGAAUCACAGGAAUCAGCCUUCUGGAAGAAAAUUAUUGCAUACCAGCAGAAACUUCUUAACUAUUUUGCUCGGAAUUUCUACAAUAUGAGGAUGUUGGCUUUGUUUGUUGCAUUUGCCAUUAAUUUCAUUCUGCUCUUCUAUAAGGUCUCCACAUCUGCAGUGGCUGAAGAAAAGGAGGUUCCUGUGGUUAAUAUUGCUGAAAACUCCAAGUUAAGCAGCUUAGAAAGUCCUUCCCAUAGAAUCAUCACAGUGCACUAUGUUCUUGAAGAAAGUAGCGGCUACAUGGAACCCACACUCCGCAUUUUAGCCAUUCUGCACACAGUCAUUUCCUUUUUCUGCAUCAUUGGAUAUUACUGUCUGAAAGUUCCACUGGUUAUAUUUAAACGAGAAAAAGAAGUCGCACGGAAAUUAGAAUUUGAUGGGCUGUAUAUUACAGAACAGCCUUCAGAAGAUGAUAUUAAAGGGCAGUGGGAUAGGCUUGUCAUCAACACACAAUCAUUUCCUAACAACUAUUGGGACAAGUUUGUAAAACGAAAGGUUAUGGAUAAAUAUGGAGAGUUCUAUGGAAAGGACAGAAUCAGUGAAUUGCUGGGAAUGGACAAAGCUGCUCUGGAUUUCAGUGAUGCUAGAGAAAAAAAGAAACCCAAAAAAGAUAGUUCUUUAUCCGCUGUACUGAAUUCUAUUGAUGUAAAGUAUCAGAUGUGGAAAUUAGGAGUUGUUUUCACUGAUAAUUCUUUUCUGUACCUCGCCUGGUAUAUGACCAUGUCAGUCCUUGGUCAUUACAACAACUUUUUUUUUGCUGCUCAUCUUCUUGACAUAGCAAUGGGAUUCAAAACGUUGCGAACUAUUCUGUCAUCCGUAACUCACAAUGGCAAACAGCUUGUGCUCACAGUAGGAUUACUGGCAGUGGUAGUUUACCUGUACACAGUAGUCGCAUUUAAUUUUUUCCGCAAAUUCUACAAUAAGAGUGAAGAUGGAGAUAUGCCAGACAUGAAGUGUGAUGAUAUGCUAACGUGCUAUAUGUUUCACAUGUAUGUGGGAGUGCGUGCUGGUGGUGGAAUUGGUGAUGAAAUUGAAGAUCCAGCAGGCGAUGAAUAUGAAAUCUAUCGAAUCAUCUUUGAUAUUACGUUUUUCUUUUUUGUAAUAGUUAUUCUCCUCGCUAUCAUCCAAGGUUUAAUUAUUGAUGCAUUUGGAGAAUUAAGAGAUCAGCAAGAACAAGUUAAAGAAGACAUGGAGACCAAAUGCUUUAUUUGUGGGAUAGGUAAUGACUACUUUGACACAGUGCCCCAUGGUUUUGAAACACAUACUCUACAGGAGCACAACUUGGCUAAUUAUCUAUUUUUCCUGAUGUAUCUCAUAAAUAAAGAUGAAACUGAACAUACCGGACAGGAAUCCUACGUAUGGAAAAUGUAUCAAGAGCGAUGCUGGGAAUUUUUCCCUGCCGGUGACUGCUUUCGAAAGCAGUAUGAAGACCAGCUUAACUAAUUCUAGUUGAGGACUAUCUCUUGAGAAACCAUCCACACCUCUCCCGACUCCUUUGGGAACAGUUACCAGAUUUCCCAGAUCUAUUAAGCAGUGUGCUGUUUGGAGCACCAAAGCUUUUUUUGAUGACUCAGCUGUCCUUUUUUCUUCUAUGCUUGCUUUGAGAACAAUGAGAACUUAACUCUGGGAAGAGAAGAAAAAAUAUCCCACACAACAAAUCCCCAUACAUAACAUGAACACACGCACACAACAAGAGACUCGACAGCUUUUUUUCUCUGAGACUGCCUGAUGAUUCCCUUAACUAAGAGAACACACGUGGGGUAAUGUGAUAGCCACAUUCAUUCAAUCUAUUUAUUUCAUCAUCCUGGAAGGACCUCUGUAGUUCACGGAGUGCUGUAAAGGAUUGUUGUGGACGCUAAGUUGUGGGGAAAUAGUGCCUUACUAUAUGUAGGUUGAGCUAUGCAGAAGAUGAGUGCAUGAUGACAUCUUAUUUUCUUUAUUUGUCCUCUCUUUCCUCCCAGUUAAUAUUUAUUUUGUCUUCUGGAGGGGCUUGGGAGGGAUUUGGCUGUGCACACCUUUUAAAUAAGACUAUGGCGUGUCUCAGGAUAAAAAGUAGUUUUUUUUUUCUCAUUAAGCUCAGUUCACAGGUAUCUUCCUCUUUAUCUAUUACACUUAUUUUGGUAAUGCUCUGAUGCAACACUGCAACUUUAUGAAAUCUUUGUAUGAAAACAAAAAGACUGCAGAAAAAACCUUUAAAAAGAAUAACUUCAUUGCAUGUUUAUUAUGCAAGUUAAAACAACAAAAAGCAACCUUCUGAAGCAAGUUGAUCAACAUGAGAAAACAUUCACGAUAAUAUUCAUAGUAAUAAAGUGUUGUGGGCUUUAUUGUACAUUUGAAACCAGUGUCAUCAACCCACUAUGUAUAUGUUAUGAACUUGCCAGUAGUUUGGAUUUAUUUUCUUUUUGUUGUUUUCCUUUUUGUUCAUUUUGCCAUUUGUGAUCAUUAGUGGAAUUAAGGUUUUUCUUAGGUCAAUUUUUAAAAUCCAAGGUGAAGCAAUAUCCAUUCAGGGAUUUCAUUAUUUGCAUCAUGAAACACCAAUGAUGUGUACAUCACUCCAUUUUGAGUCCUUUUUUGAUUGUAAUGCCAGUCUUUACAAAUAAAAGGAGAGAUUUGGAAUGGAAGCAAGGUGCUUUUGCUGUCACUUCGCUUCUUUUUAACAGAG